UUUACAUCGUGCCGGGAAAUGGCGAAUGACGUGUCGACUGUCGUGAGGCCGAACUAGUGUCAGUCUUUCCCAUAAACAAGUUUCCUUCCCUAAAAUAUAGCCGCAAUGCAUUUCUUCUAGGAAUAACAAAAGUAGCGAAACUGUAUAACUAUCGUGCAUCUUUGAUUGUAUGAUAACUUUUAAACAACGUUUAGCUAGACCUGUCAAAUCAAGGCCCACCUGUCAGUUAAAGAUCCCUUAAAAUUCUUCCAGCUAAACUGUGAUUGGAAUCAUGUUACCAACCACACAAAAGGAUUAUAGUAAAUUAGGAUCCGUUCAGGGUUCGAGCCGCAUUUCUCGAUAUACCAGUUCUGCUAUAGGAUGGAUUAAGAAAAUCUUAAAGGACAAAACUUCUCGAAAUCUACUUCUUUUUUUGAUGCUUAACUUUUCAUUUGCCUUUGUCGAAUUGUUUUACGGAAUAUGGACCAACAGUCUUGGCCUGAUAUCUGAUUCAUUUCACAUGUUUUUUGACUGCACUGGCCUUCUUGCGGGUCUUGCAGCAAGUGUCAUAAUUCAGUGGAAAGCAAAUGAGCAUUAUACAUAUGGAUAUGAAAGAGCAGAGGUGUUGGCAGGGUUUGUAAAUGGACUCUUCUUGCUGUUCAUCUCAUUCUUUAUAUUCUCGGAAGCUGUUGAAAGAGCAAUUGAGCCUCCAGAAGUCAAACAUGAGAGAUUGCUUGUUGUUUCUGUCCUGGGAUUUAUAGUCAACUUGAUUGGUGUUUUUGCAUUCCAUCACGGUCAUAGCCACGGCGGUGGCGGAGGAGGACACAAUCAUUCCCAUUCUCACGAUGAAGAGCCAAUGAGUAUAAAGAUUAGCAACUCGUAUAACCAUCUCGUAGACGGGAGUCAGUUUAAUGGAGGAGAUCAUCAUGGGCAUUCCCACAGUGGUGGUGGCCAUGGUCAUUCUCACGCUGCUGGACAUGGUCACAGUCACGAUGCCCACGGACACAACCAUUCGCAUGGCGAUUCGAACAAGGGAUCUAUUAUCAUGCAUGGAGUGUUCCUUCACAUCCUGGCAGAUGCACUGGGCAGCGUGGGUGUCAUAAUCUCGGCUAUACUAAUGCACACAUUCGGCUGGAUGAUAGCCGACCCCAUCUGUUCCAUGUUCAUUGCAAUCAUGAUUGCUCUCAGUGUAUUGGGACUUAUUAAGGAAUCUAUGGCAAUUCUGAUGCAACGACAGCCUAAAGAUCUGGAUCGACGUCUACCACAGUGUUAUCAACAAGUUGCUCGUUUGGAAGGCGUUCGUUCCGUACAGGAGCCCCAUUUCUGGACAUUAUGCUCAGAAAAGUAUAUUGGCGCCCUUAAGCUAGAGUUGAAACCUGAAGCUGACGCACGGUACGUGACGCACCGAACUCAACAAAUAUUCCAAGCGGUUGGCGUGAAAGAAUUGCACGUCCAUCUCGAUUUUACCAAUCACUGAUUCCGGAUGUUAACGGUGUAUUAGCUUGAUAAGCUAAUAUUGAUUCCAUUUUGUGCUGUAUAUAUGAUUGACCGUCUUAGGGUCGAUAAAAAAAAAGGCGACGAGACGCAACUUGUUAAGCAGAAGUUUUU